AUGAUGAACCCGGAACCAGUAGAGAAGAUAAAGCGCAGUAUGUCCGUGAAUGAUUUGAUCAGAGGCGGGAAGACAACAAAACAAGCGUUAGAGAUCAAGAUGACAGCCACAAAAGUUGGUGAGGCGACAUUGGAACUUAACGAGUGGCAUUCCAACAUUCGGGAUUUAGAAGUCGAAAGUAUGACUUCAGAUGGCGAGAGUCAGGGGUAUGUCAGACGACAACUAGACGUAAAACAGCUUUGUCAACAUGAGAUUAUCAAUAAAGUUAUAUUCGAAGACAUCUUGGCCAGGAGAAGAGAAGGAGAUCUGAAAUCAUUGGAACAGGUCAGGAAAAUCUACCUUCAUCCCGAGAUGUUUAGCAUUGAAAACGGACUUCUUACACCCACCUUCAAGGCCAAACGUUCAGAGAUACACAACACUUUCAAAGACAAAAUCGAGCGGCUUUACGAGGAGGUGGAGGCUGGGAACUAACGCAGAUACAGGCAUGACAAAGCCAUCACGAGCUACCCCAACCCUUCGCUUCUUAAAAGCUACAAGAAAUAGCUAGGAAAUGAGACAGAUCCUAAUUAAUAACUGAUAAAUAAAUGAUACAAGGACUUCAUAUCCGCUAAGUAAAUGAACGUAGAAAUUUUCAAAAAUUAUGCUGGGCUGAAAAAGGUAAUUUGUAUAGUGAAACCUGAAAAGAAUGGGGAGAAAAUAUUCAUAACUUUUACAAGCACUUUCGCAUUAUUUGUAGUGAAUGAAGACAAUACGUUACACCCCCCUUCCUUUACUAAAUUUUUAUAUCAGCCAAACUAUUAUAUGAGCCCCCCCUCCCUUCCCCUCCAAGGAUCAGCAAAAUCGCGCGCGACUAACACGCGUGUAUGCGAGCAGACACAGGAGUAGAAAGCUCCAUUAGGCUCGUGCACCUGUGUCGUAUCGCUCGCACGUUCUUGUCGCUCCCGAUCACUCAUUACGCCUUCCAUUUGCGCUAUCACUGAGUAAGAAUGUCACCCUGCAUUACGCUCUCCCUACAGCUUUGGCCAAGAUCCGUAUACUUCUUUUCUUAUUGCGCACAGUUCUUUGAUUAAAGUAGACAGUACAAUAGCGAAAACAAAAGGUUACCCAAGGGACU